CUGCACGGGUGGCCUCUAAAUGCCAAUAUGUAUUCCUGUGCGAACCAAAUAACGAGUUUACACUAAACCAACGCGUAUAUGAAAGGCGUUAUAUAAAUGUAAGAAAUUAUAUUAUAUAUUCAAUUAUUAUUUAAAACGCUCAACGUUAUUUUAAGCUAGUGUUACUGAUGACAUGUUUUCCUUGUGAACCGUUAUUUUAAAGUCGUAUUUAUUUCCUUUUAACUAAACGAGGAGAAAGAGAGAGAGGUACAACCAACAAUUUAUUUCCAUAGAUUUUCGACAACAUUAUUAUGAACCAGGUAAAGUUUUCUAAAUAUUUCUACACAUAAAAACGUGUUUCUAAUUGAAAGUAUCAGCUUCGGUAAAUGUGUUCAUUUUAUUAAGUUUUAUUUAUUUAUAUUUAUUGUAUUUGUAUUAUUAUUAUUAUUCUCAUUUAAUUAUUUGUUUGUUUGUUGUUAGGUAGAACUAACAAUUUUUCUUAUUGGAUUCGCGCCCAAACGAAGCACACCGUGUUUGGCAAUGCCGUCAGCACUGUUCUCGGAUUCUGAUUGGUCGGCUGAUUGGAUAUAAAACGCCCUCGAGCCGAGCCCCACUCAAGCUCGUGAGGGCUGGAGGCAGAGAACACCUGUUGCCACGGAAACAGCACAGGCGGGAAAAAGUCAACAAAAUAAGAAGAAGAGCCCCGCCGCUGGCCAGGUGUUUCCUCCUCAGAAAUGUCGUCUCCAGUUCUUCUCAACCUGCUGAGGUGUUCUCGCUCCUCCGUCACAAAAUCCCUCCUGACCGGACGCUCCGCCCAACACACCUGCACAGCUCCCGGACAGGUGGGUGGGGCCGGGAACAAAGGUGUUGGAGUGCGGUUUGUUAGUGGCGCCGUCAGCGUCCGACCCGUCACAUGGGACUCGUUCGGGAUCUGGGACGAUCGGAUAGAAGAACCGGUUCUGCUGCCGUCCAGCAUCAGAUACGGAAAACCCAACCCACAGGUGAGUUUGUCCCGGGUCGGUGCCGCCUCAGUUCUGGGUCUCAGGAACCAAAACGAGGACCGUCUCCGGGUUGCCCGUAUCCAUGACGACCUGCAGUUCUACGCCGUGUUCGACGGGCACGGCGGGCCGCACGCCGCCCAGUACUGCUACACAUUCAUGGAGAAACACAUCAGAGACGCUCUGGAGGAGGAGGACGACUUGGAGAAAGUAUUAAAGAAAGCUUUUCUCGACGUCGAUAAGGCUCUACACACACAUCUCAGCUACUUCAACAACCGCUCCUUCCUGAAUGCCGGCACCACGGCGACGGUUGCUAUGCUGCGCGGCGGAGUGGAGCUGGUGGUCGGCAGUGUCGGAGACAGCAGGGCGAUUCUGAGCCGAGGGGGGGGGGCUCUGAAACUGAGCCGAGACCACACCCCCGACCAGAAGGACGAGAGGAAAAGGGUCAAGAGGUCAGGUGGCUUUGUGACGUGGAACAGCGCCGGCGUGGCUCACGUUAACGGACGCCUCGCCAUGACGCGCAGCAUCGGGGACUUCCACCUGAAAACCAGCGGCGUCAUCGCAGAGCCGGAGACACGCCGAGUCACCCUGCGGCACGACACCGACUCGUUCCUCGCUCUGACCACCGACGGCAUCAACUUCCUGCUGAGCGACCAGGAGAUCUGUGAUGUCAUCAACAAGUACCAGGACCCCACCGAGGCCGCAGAGGCCAUCUCUCAACAGGCGUUGCAGUACGGCUCGGAGGAUAACUCCACCAUCAUCGUGGUUCCUCUCGCAGCCUGGGGGAAACACCAGAGCUCGCCCAUCGUCUACAGUAUGAGCAGAAGCUUUGCCUCCAGCGGACGAUGGGCGUAACACUGGAAAACAUCACACCUUUUUUAAACCCUUAAAUUCAUAUAUGGUAUUACCUCCAUCAUUAACAGUGUAUAUAGAGUGUAUAUUAACACAUUGUACAUACAAAGAAUGGCAAGAUGUGAAAACUAACCACAAAUUUAGGACUUUAUUAUCUUAAAGAAUAUUCAAGUUUGCAUGAUUUUAGUUUUUUGUUUAAUCAUAAAUGUACCAUAAAAUUCAGACUUUUUUUGGGACUUAUUUUGGAAUAAUACUCCUUUCUUCCAGCUGCAAAAAUAAAUAUAUUUUAAUUUAAAAAAGGCCGUCUUUGCACUAUCCUUCAAACUAAAGGCCUUUGAUGGCAAACAUGUCCAGAUUUCCACAAAAAAAUCCAUGUCAUAGAGAAAAUAUAAACAUCAUUUGGUGUAUUUUAACGAUGUUCUGUAACUAUAACUGUACCGUCUCCUUGUGAGGAGAUGCUGAAACCUCUAACAGCUCCAGACCCCUAUGGAGAGGGUCUGUGUGCAGGGAGAAUAAAGGUUAUUAUUUAAAA